AUUACUGAUUUGAAAGAUUUAGAUGAUAAUAAUAACAUAAAUUACUACAAGCGUAUAAAUAUUGAACCAUCAUUGGAGGAUGAAGAUUAUGAAGUAUUUGGAUCAAUUAUCUCAAAUAAUAAUCCGAAAGUAGAAGGAAUUUAUGUUAAUUUUGGAUCGUAUGAUUUUAACGGAUUUUUUGCAAUGAUAAAACAAUUAGAAGAAACAAGUAUAAAUAGUAUAAAAGAAUGUCACGUUUUAUGGAUGAUUGUCGAAAAACCUUCAGAAUCAUUGAUUUUUAGUCCAAGCAAUCGAAAAUUUCAAGUUAAUUGUAUUAAAACGUCUAUUAUAUUACAACCUAACAAAUCAAAUUAUUCUAUUAAAACUUCUUUUUCAUUAUCUCAGGGAUAUACUAUUUUUGUUCAUGCAUAUUAUCCAUCAACUAAUUAUGAACCUGGUAAUAUUAUUAGAUUGAUUGACUGGUCAUAUAAUUUUAUUAAUUUUCAAAUAACCAAAUCAACUCAAAAUGAAUCAUUUAUCGAUGAAGUAGAUUUACAUAUUUGUGUUUUAUGUUCAGACUGUAAAAAUUUAAAGAUUGACAAUAAGAAUGAAGAAGAGUAUUCUUUAAAUUUAAUUGAACAUAUUUUGACUAAGGAUAAUUUUAACGAAAGUUUAUCAACUGAAAUCCAUGAAGUUGACUAA